UGGCAACGGGCACCAUGGCUACUGGGCCAACCCCUAAGUCAAAGCACCAUUUCCUGCCAUUCUUCACUCACUUCCUGCAGGAAGCAUCUGCAUGAUCAGCUCCCCUUUCGGAUAUAUUUCAGUUAUGUAGUGCGUGUGUUCAAACCUUUGUCCGGUUGUGAGGACACAUUUAUAACAGCUCACAGCCACAGACAGACCUAAGUGUGUGUUUGACUCUAACCAGACAAAGCUCUGUGGCACCUGCUACUUCACCUCUGAUGCUCCUUUCACUUCAUGUUGUGCCUCUGGAAAGACUUUCAACCAUUUCAGGGAAAAGUCAUAGUCAUUAAGUUGAUUAAUAUUUACUAUGGUGUCUAAAAUCCACAAAAAAAUUUGAAAAUUCUAGAAUUCUAGAAAUCUAGAAUUCGUCACUUAAUCAAGCUUUUCAUUCCUUAAUUUGAAAAACAAUGAAAGUCAUUUUUGGUCCAAACGUAAUCUCAGCAGUUUCAGAACCUGAGGUUUUUGCUAAGUGCCGACUACAGCCAUGCUUAUCUGAAGGAAACCGGGAUCAUAUCAAGACACAGCACACUUCCUGCCCUGCAGCAGUGGUUGGUGUCACCAGAGCUGCUGGGAAGGAGAAGCAACGAGCAGCCAACAGCAGGAGAAGAGCUUGGAGAAUCUGAAGUCUUCCGCAGACAACAUGGCGUCUGGACUCUGCUCUUAUUGGACUUAUCUUUGGACUGUUGUACUAUUCAGAACCAUCUCUGCAGACUCAACUUACAUCCUCUCUGACGACGCACUCGCAUUUGACCUGGCCCUGCAGAAGUGUGCUCCCAGGGUGCUCACCACCUUUGCUACCAAGCAGGAAAUCCAUGAAAUCCUGAAUCUCAUCUCUGGUUCUGGGUCAUCUCAGAGUAGCUUCACCGUCUGGAUUGGACUAAACAAACAGAAGACAAACUGCACGGACCAUCGGAAACCUCUCAGAGGAUUCAUGUGGACAGAGACCCGCAGCGAAGACUCAGAGGCGGCACACUGGGCCGAGGAACCAGAGAACACCUGCACUUCUGUUCUAUGUGCGGCGGUUAGAGUGGACUUGGACGGAUCAAAAGUGACCCGAUGGGGUCUAAUUUCUGUCAGGUGUAAGAGCACACAUCGAUUCAUAUGCAAGUUGAAGGACGGACUGACAGCACAAACACCUAAGCACAAGGAGACCAGUACUGGACUGGCUACUUCAGAACCCAAACUAGCAACAUCUGGACCUAAGACCCCAGAAAUGCCUAAUGCAGAACCAGGUACACCUGAACCUAAGCUUCUCACACGACUUGACCCAGAAGUCGUGAAACCCACCACUGGACCUAAACAGGUGGGACGUGACCAUGGUCUUGGCUUUGGACUAGCUUUGGGGUCAUGUAAACACCCCACCAUUCCUGAGUCCCGCUCUAUCACACUGGGUUCUGACCACAACAGGAUCAAGGUGGAGUGCUGGUCCAGUGAGCAGUUGGAGCUGUACUGUCGGGCUCGUCUUGCCAUGUGGUUUCUGCCAGACAACUCUCCGGCCAACUUUAGCACCAUCUGCCAACGGUGUAGAGUUGGUUUCCAGAAAGAUGCUUCAGCAAACUGCGUGGACGUGGACGAGUGCAGCAGCGGCCACGCCCGCUGCAAACACACCUGUCUGAACACCGAGGGCUCCUACAGAUGCAUCUGUGCUGACGGGACCGGGAAGCAGCACCAGGAGGACUCGCCGGCCUGCACCGCCUCAGUAGCAGCUGUGGGCAGUGGGUCACUUUUCAAGAUCCUGAUUCUGGUACUGGUUGCUAUGAGCAACAGUAAUGUGCUCUGAUGAGAUGACACAGGAAUGAAUGAGCGGAGCUCUGGCUGGUCAGCAAGCAUGAACUGCCCAGUUUUACGUAAAGGUUUUUUUUCAAUUUGAAGACAAUUUUAGAAUCCAAUUUUGUUUUGUGUGUGAAAGUCUGAAACCAACUCAGAACCAGAAUCCUCCAAGGAAAAUGCUUCAGGGUUUGACACAAAUCACAAAGAUGUACUGAUUAAAAUAUAGAGCAUUUGGUGACCAGAACCAUGUUCACACACCGCUGCAGGAGAAGAUGAUGUCACCAUUAGAGCUUUGGCCAGCUACAGCAUCACACAAGUGUCAGCGUGUACAAGUGCUGGUUAUAAUAACUAUUGAACUUUAAAACUAUAAAACACCAGACAGUUCUGAGCAUGUUAACAUCAAUUUCUAAUGAUUUAUCUUUUACUUUAGCUGCUUAUUCAAUUACAAAUUAAUUGUUUUUUAAUUAGUUCUAGAUCACUGCCUUUAGCCAGGAUUUAACUUUUUCUUUAAUUACAGCAGCCAUAUUUACCUUUUUACAUAUUGUAUGUUUGAUUUCUGCUUUGUGAGUUUAGUCAGUGAUUAUUUUGCCGACUCUCUGAUUGAUACAUGUGAUCUGUAAACUACACUUAUCCCAACUAGACCAGGCUGACUCAGCUGCUGCAUCUGAUCUUGACUAAUGGCAUGAGCCACGCUGGAUGAGUAUAGUCAAACAGUUCAAACCAGUUUGUUUCCGACAAAAUUUGUUGAUUUUCUGUGGCGACCAGAACUGGGCCAUGGACCUGUUUGACAUAGUGAGAAGUUUUAUUUUAUUUUUUUUACAGUAAUUGCACUGCCGACAGGCUUUUCUGCUUCUGGCUUCAUCUGGACGAGGACCAGAUUCCGGAAACCUCAAAUCUCAGAUGUGGAAAGGGACCGAAUAGGUUUAAAAACGUACUUACACCAAGUAUUUAAUUUCUUCAGAUUAAAUGAUACUUUACUGAUUAAAAUAAAUGAAACAUAGUGUGCUCCAUUG